AUGGCAGCCGCGCCGCCGGCCAGCCUCGCCCACCGCACCACCGGCUCCACCUGCCUGCACCCGCUCAGCCGGCGCCUGGGCAUCCCGCUGGACCAGGUGAAUUUUGUAGCAUGCCAGCUCGUUGCUUUGUUUGCUGCUUUCUGGUUUCGCAUCUACUUAAGUCCCAGUAAAACCAGUCCCGUGGCCCGGCACACAUUUGCCACCAUUUUUGGCAUCUACUUUGUCAUCUUUUGUUUUGGCUGGUACUCUGCACAUCUGUUUGUGCUGGUGUUAAUGUGCUAUGGAAUCUUGGUCACUGCAAGUGUAUCCAAUAUUCACAGAUACUCCUUUUUUGUAGCGAUGGGAUACCUAACAAUAUGCCACAUCAGCAGAAUAUACAUCUUCCACUAUGGAAUCCUCACUACGGAUUUUUCUGGGCCUCUGAUGAUUGUCACUCAGAAGAUCACAACCUUGGCAUUCCAAGUUCAUGAUGGACUAGGUCGAAGAGCUGAAGACCUGUCUGCUGAGCAACACCGACUUGCUGUAAAAGUCAAACCCUCUUUUUUGGAAUACUUAAGCUAUCUUCUAAACUUCAUGAGUGUCAUAGCUGGACCGUGUAACAACUUCAAGGACUAUAUAGCUUUCAUCGAGGGGAGGCAUAUACACAUGAAGCUGCUGGAGGUGAACUGGAAGGAAAAGGGUUUCCACAGCCUGCCGGAACCUUCUCCCACUGGAGCGGUGAUCCACAAGCUGUGUGUGACCGGAGUGUCUCUCCUGUUGUUCCUGACGCUCACGAAGACCUUCCCGGUCGCCUGCCUGGCUGAUGACUGGUUUGUCCAUAAGGCAAACUUUCUGACACGGCUGGGCUACUUAUAUGUUGUCAUGCAAGCCUCGAAGCCCAAGUACUACGUGGCCUGGACGUUAGCUGAUGCCGUGAAUAACGCAGCUGGCUUUGGGUUCAGCGGAGUGGAUCAGAAUGGAAAUUUCUGUUGGGAUCUGCUUUCUAACCUAAACAUCUGGAAAAUUGAGACUGCUACAAGUUUCAAAAUGUACCUAGGAAACUGGAAUAUUCAGACAGCUACUUGGCUAAAGCGAGUGUGCUACGAGCGUGUGCCCUGGUACCCCACAGUGUUCACCUUCAUCCUGUCUGCCCUGUGGCAUGGUGUCUACCCUGGGUACUAUUUCACCUUCUUAACUGGAAUCCUCGUCACUGUAGCAGCCAGGACGGUGAGGAACAACUGUAGACAUUACUUCCUUUCUUCAAAAGCCCUCAAGGUUGCUUAUGACGUGGCCACCUGGGCUGCCACUCAGCUGGCCGUCUCCUACACAGUGGCACCCUUUGUCAUUCUGGCAGUUGAACCCACCAUCAAUUUAUACAAGUCCAUGUACUUCUAUUUACACAUAGUAAGUCUCCUGAUAAUAUUGUUCCUGCCAAUCAGACCACAGGCUCACACUCAAAGGCAGCCGCGGAACUCUGUUAACAGGAAAAAAACAGACUGA